GCUCAGUGCCUCGGGUUCAAGUUCUGUUGCUUAUUCAAAGUUACAAAUUUUCAUUUUAAUGGAAUUCGAAGAAAGACCUUUGUGUGGUUUGAAGAUUAAAGUAUACUCGUAUUCCUUUAUACAAUCUUUUCACAUUCAAAUGUACCAAAUCCAAGGUAUCCAGUGUAUGAAGCUAUUGAGUACAGUAUAGAGAGAUGAAAGGACACAUAUCGUCCAAUCUGCAGCAAGCUCGUCGGAUGGUGAGAUUUUUGAAACAUGGAGUGGUAAGCUCCUCUUGAAGCAAAAGAUAACUGUUUAGCCUUAACAGUUUGUUAAUCAAUUCCAAUUCUAUUGCCAUGGCUUGUAAUCCCUUUCGACAAAAUGGGUUUUCAACAUCAUAUUCAGAUUCAGCUCCAACUCAUUACACUCUAAAAAUCGGGUCAUUUUCAUGGCUAACCGAAAUUUUUGCGGACAAAUAUGAGUCGGGUGGAUUUGAAGCUGGAGGAUACAAAUGGAAACUAGUGCUCUACCCGAAUGGGAACAAGAAGAAAAAUGUGGAAGGCCACAUCUCUGUUUACUUGGAAAUGGUUGGAGCUGAUUCACUUCAGACGGGAUGCGAAGUAUAUGUUGAUUUCAGGUUCUUUUUGCUUGAUCAGAAUAAAGGCACGUUCCUGGUUCUUCAAGAUGCCAAUAAAAAGGAACUAUGUUUCCAUGGGAUGAUGCGUUAUUUGGGAUUUGAUAAGCUUAUCACUCUUAAAUCGUUUACUGAUGCUUCCAAUGGAUAUGUCAUUGAUGAUUCCUGUGUGAUUGGAGCUGAGGUCUUUGUUUGUAAUGAAAGAAGAGCUGGCAAAGGAGAGUCAAUAUCGAUGAUCGAGGUUGGUGUUAUGUGCAAGCAUGUUUGGAAGGUUGAGAACUUUUCAAGGUUAAGUGCUGACUGCUGCGAAUCAGAACCAUUCCCUGCUGGAGAACGAAAAUGGAAGAUACUGCUCUAUCCCAAGGGAAAUGGCGAUGGAAAGGGUACUCAUAUUUCUCUUUUCUUGGAAUUGGAUGAUCCGGAAAAAGUUCCUGGUUUCAAAGUAUUUGCAGAGUUUUCCCUGCGCAUUGUAGAUCAAAUGCAUGCCAAACAUGAGUGGUUUAUAGCUGACAACUGGUUCAGUAACUCAACUUGGGAUUGGGGUUGGUCUAUGUUCCUUAAACUGGAAACCUUCAAUCAGGCACACAAGAGGUUUCUGUUGAACGAUACUUGCAUAGUGGAGGCAAAGGUCACUAUCCAUGGAAUUGCGGAUUUUGAGAACAAUUUCGGAUGCACCACCAACUCAUUACACAGUAAAAUCCAGUUGGUUUCAUUGCUCUGCAAAAAUUCACAGGAGAAAUAUGAAUCCAGGGACUUUAAAGCCGGAGGAUACAAAUGGAAACUGGUUUUCUAUCCAAACGGAAACAAGAACAUGAAUGUGAAAGAACCUCUCUCUACUUGGUAAUGCCAGGAACAAAUGCCCCCCAGAUUUCUUCGGAAGUGUAUGCUGUUUUCAGGUUGUUUUUGCUUGAUCAGAACAACAGCCACUACUUUGUUUUUCAAG